AUGUCUCACAAAUUCUGGAAAAGUGGUCAUUACAAAACAUUUGUGUUUGAUGAAGCCACAUUCCCUUUCAAAGAUCAUUCCUUCGGUUUCUAUUGCCCACCCAGACUUGAAUCCUCACCUGCUAUUCCACCGUCACUACCAUGUAUUCCUAUUAUCCCUCACCAGGCCAAACAACUCUCCUCAGCUUCUACCUUACCCAUAACAACAGCCUCACCUACCAUCCCAUCUUCAACCCCAACACAAAUCCCUUCAAGUUCUACUGUCCUUUCUUCUCCUCUGCCCCCCAGCCCCUAUAAUCCAUCUCCUAUGUUGCCUUCCCUCUCCUCGUCCCCAACUCCUUCCCACAGGGCCCCAUCAGAUGUCCCGAUUCUAAUUCCAAUAGCUGAUUUGGAAACAGUUCCACCGUCUGUUCCUACUGUUAACACUCAUCCAAUGGUGACUAGAAGCAAGGCAGGUAUUGUUAAGCCUCGUGUUUUUGUUGCAAGUAUGGAGCCAAGGUCUGUCAAGUAA